UUCCCUGCUCGGCUCUCCCUCUCUCUAAAAUGACGAUCGGCUCGGAAACCUCAUCAUGGCCAACGGGACGGGGGCGGCGGCGACAGUCAUGCUGAAGUGCGUGGUGAUCGGCGACGGAGCUGUGGGCAAAACUUGCCUGCUCAUGAGCUAUGCCAACGACGCCUUCCCGGAGGAGUAUGUGCCCACAGUCUUUGACCAUUACGCAGUCAGUGUGACAGUUGGGGGCAAGCAAUACCUUCUUGGGCUUUAUGACACUGCUGGACAGGAAGACUAUGAUCGCCUCAGACCGCUGUCAUACCCCAUGACUGAUGUUUUCCUCAUCUGUUUCUCUGUGGUAAAUCCGGCUUCUUUUCAGAAUGUGAAGGAGGAAUGGGUACCAGAACUUAAAGAAUAUGCACCAAACGUACCUUAUUUAUUGGUUGGAACCCAGAUUGAUCUUCGUGACGAUCCUAAAACAUUAGCAAGGCUAAAUGACAUGAAAGAAAAACCAAUAUCUAUGGAGCAAGGUGUUAAAUUAGCAAAAGAGAUAGGAGCCUAUUGCUAUGUGGAAUGCUCAGCUUUAACGCAGAAAGGAUUGAAGACUGUUUUUGAUGAAGCCAUUAUAGCCAUUCUAACUCCAAAGAAACACACAAUGAAAAAGAGAAUAGGCUCAAGAUGCAUUAAUUGCUGCUUGAUUACAUGAGAGCUGCUGGACAAUGGCCACGAGUACUGUGAAACUUCUGACACUGUGCAAAUGUACACUUCAAGACAGCAACAGCUUAUUGAGAAAUCCACU